AGUACAGUGUUUACAAACAAAUAAAGAAUGAAAAUCGAUAAUUUCCAACUCCAUGGAAUUAGUGUCGAGCAAUUGAAGAAAUCUUCUCCCAGAUAACAGACACUAGCCCAUUCCCAGAGUGGGCUCGCGCUACACAGAGAGGGCAAAUUUUCACGGUGUUGAAUUAUCGAGGCGUUGCAAUUCUCAGAGUGGAAUAAAUCCAGUUCGACAGUAUUUUCUUCUGUGUCUCUUAACAUGGAGCCUGGAGGUAGUGCUUUUUUGUUGAGCACAUACAGAGGAAGGAACUAACAAUUGUUAUGGUUGAAAUUAGUUGCGUUACCUUGGGCCUUUGAUCACCCCCUUCCGCUCCCACCACGGGUCAGCGUACAGAUAAACUAACAAGCGUUUGAAAUUUCUGCUGGUAUAAUUUGUUUGAUGAGAUGGGUAAUGAAGUUGUGUAGGUAGAUAUGGAGAAAAAGAAAAAAAGUAGGGGAGCUCCAACCCAACAUGGAGAUGAUGAGGCUGAAAGUUUAAAUGGAAUUUCUACCAGUGAAGCUGAUGCUGGCAAUAAGAAACCGUAUGUUAAUAUGGAGUUUGAAUCUCAAGAAGCUGCAAGGGAGUUUUAUGAUUCGUAUGCCAGGCGAGUGGGCUUUAGCACUCAUGUUGGUCAAUAUACCCGUAAUAAGCCUGACGGUCCGAUUGUUUCUUGGGAAUUUUUCUGCUCCAGCGAGAUUUUCAAGAGAAAGAAUGUUGAAAGCUGCAAUGCCAUGCUUCAAAUAGAGAGUAAAGAUCCUGACACUUGGGUUGUGACAAAGUUUGUUGAGGAUCAUAAUCAUUCUAUUUUGAGCCCCGGCAAGGUGCAUUCCCAUAGACCGCACAGGCAUUUUGCUGGAACAACAAAGAAUGGCGUACCUGAGACAUCUGAUAACCAAAACGAUGUUAUGGUGUCUGUGGAUGGAAACCAUGUAUUUUAUGAUUCCAAUCUUGUCAUGAGGAACACAUCACCUUUAGGGGCUAAUCCUGUUGCAAAGAAUAUGUCUCCUGCAGAAACAAUCUCGGCUGGUCGUACUGCACCCUGUGUAGAAACACACCGGACCACUAUGAGCUCUGUUCCAGUGAUGCCACUGCAGUAUGUUCAACCUUCUAGUCGAAGAAGAUCUCUAGGAAGAGAUGCUCACGACCUUCUCACUUAUUUCAGGAAAAUGCAGGCUGAAAAUCCUGGAUUUUUUUAUGCUAUACAGCUUGAUGACGACAAUCGCUUGAGCAAUGUUUUCUGGGCUGAUGCUAGAUCAAGGUCAGCUUAUAGUCACUUUGGUGAUGCAGUUACUUUUGACACAAUGUAUAGACCUAACCAGUUUCAGGUCCCGUUUGCUCCUUUCACUGGAGUAAAUAAUCAUGGACAAAUGGUUUUAUUCGGCUGUGCUCUUCUAUUCGAUGAAUCAGAAGCUUCGUUUGCUUGGGUGUUCAAAACUUGGCUGUCAGCUAUGAACAACCGGCCUCCUGUUUCCAUAAAAACUGACCAAGAUAGGGCCAUCAAGGUAGCGGUGAAUCAGGUAUUCCCAGAAGCUCGUCAUUGCAUUUGCAAGUGGCAUAUCUUAAGAGAAGGCCAAGAAAGAUUGGCUCACAUAUACCUUGCUCGUCCUUCUUUUUAUGGAGAGCUUUAUAGCUGCAUCAACUUUUCUGAGACGGUUGAGGAUUUUGAAUCUUCGUGGAGUUCUAUACUUGAAAAGUAUGAUAUCCAGAAAAAUGAGUGGCUUCAAGCCGUAUAUAAAGCUAGGAAACAGUGGGCUCCUGUUUAUUUUCGUGACACCUUUUUCGCUGCACUUUCAUCAAACCAUGGUGUAAGCUCCUUCUUUGAUGGUUAUGUGAACCAGCAGACGACAAUACCCAUGUUCUUCAAGCAGUACGAACGUGCUUUGGAGAAUCUUUUAGAAAGGGAAAUAGAAGCAGAUUACUACACAAUUAGUACAACUCCUGUACUGAAGACACCAUCUCCAAUGGAACAGCAGGCAGCUAAUUUAUAUACAAAAAAGGUUUUUGAAAAGUUUCAAGAAGAACUAGUAGAAACUUUUGUACACACUGCCAAUAAGAUUGAUGGUGAUGGUGCAAUAAGUAAAUUUAGGGUGGCUAAGUAUGAGCAUGAUUACAAGGCUUACAGCGUCAUAUUAGAUGUUGCAGAAAUGAAUGCAAGUUGCAGUUGCCAGAUGUUUGAGUAUUCGGGGGUUCUAUGUAGACACAUAUUAACUGUCUUUACUGUCACAAAUGUUCUCACGGUUCCGUCUCAGUACAUAUUAAAGAGGUGGACUCAGGAUGCAAGAGCUGGUUUGUUGGACGAGCAAGAUACGGGUGUCUGUGUGGAAUCACUCACAGUUCGUUUGAAUAAUCUUUGUCGACAAGCACUAAAGUUUGCUGAGGAAGGAGCCAUUGCUGCAGAGACCUACAGUGCAGCUGUUGAGGCAUUACAAGAAGGCGUCAGGAAGAUUGCCCUGGUGAAAAAAAUUGUAGCAAAAAACAAGCCUGCUACAUAUCAGAGCAGUGGAAAUUCCCAGGAUACUGGUAACAAGAAAGCUUCCGUAACGACUCCUGAUAUGAUCCCAUCAUUAUGGCCCUGGCAGGAUGCUUUGCCUACUCGCUUUAAUCUUAAUGAUGCUGGAGUCCAAGCUGCUGAUUUGGGCCAGCCAACUUUGGCCCCUUUGGCUAUAAAUCGUGAUGGUGUGCUUGCUGAUAACACAGUGGUGCUCACUUGUUUUAAGUCCAUGACGUGGGUUAUUGAGAACAAGACCACAACAAAUAAAGUGGCUCUUAUCAAUUUGAAGCUCCAGGAUUAUGGCAAGGCUCCCUCAGGAGAAACUGAGGUGCAGUUUAGACUUACAAGAACCACGCUGGAGCCAAUGUUGAAAUCCAUGGCUUACAUAAGUCAGCAGCUCUCAGCACCAGCUAACAAGGUUGCUGUCAUCAAUCUAAAGCUCCAGGAUGCCUCCACAACUGGAGAAGCAGAGGUCAAAUUUCAAGUUUCAAAAGAUACUCUUGGUUCAAUGUUAAGAUCAAUGGCUUAUAUCAGACAGCAACUAUGACAACAUGCAGUGUGAUCAUAAAGGCCAUUUGAACUUGUCCGAGUUAGAAUGCAUAAAUGUACAUGUAGCAGCCAACAAAAGGUUUGUUCACUAAUCUUGAUGACCUUUUCCAGAUAUCGUUGUUGGAUGACCACUAUUUACUCUAGUUACCACUACUACUUAUUUUCCGUUUCUUCUCUAAACACAAUCUGUAGAUCACUUUUUCAUCUUCCUCAUAAGCAGUAUCAUAGGUUUAGGUUUACUAUAUUAUGUGACUCAUUCUUGUAUAAGCUACACAGCUUCUGGUAGCCUCAUUUUGUUUGUAGAUAUGAGCGAGAUCACACAAUCACUAUUCUUAAGCUUGAUACUCCAAUGCCAAUUGUAGAACGAAUGUAGUGGACACAGUAGGAAAUAAUUUCAUAAUUAUAUUCUAUAUUCAUUUGUUGCAA